UCGGGUAACGACGCGUAGGCCGCCGCCGUAACCGUCGCUUUUACGGUCGGUGUGUGUGUGUGGUGCGUGCUCCCGGCUCCCGCAACUACUUUUCGUCUGCUCCGUCGCCAUUGUUUUUGUCUACACAUGCGUUUUUGUUGCUCUUGCACGUGUUUUUUGAUAUAUAUCGCUCACUGGUGCUCUUACCGUUUUUUAUAAACGCGUUAAUAUUUUUAUACUCUUCGGCUCCAAUUUGGAACGUGCAGCUCGGCAGUUCGUCUUCAGUGCGCUCAUUUUGGUCAUCGACUCAAGCCGUCGUUGAUUGUUGCAGCUCCGCGUCCAGACUAACGGUGUUCCCCGUCUCCCAAAGAUUUUCACAAACAGAUUAUAAUAUAUAACCAUAUUUAAUUUGUGAAACAAUAGUGUUAUAUUUUAUUCCUUGCUCACAAGAGUUCUGAGGACCGAGCGUCCGACGACAUCACUAAUAAGGAUUCGUCAGCGUACAUUUGGUAGCAGAGCGUGGUUGGUUGUUCCAUCAACAGUGGUACUCAGGAUUUAAGUGAGUAAUGCAUUUUGUUCAUAGCUGUGACAUAUGAGUAUAGCGUGUUUGCAUUUAUUUAUCCCUAUCCUCUUAUUCCUAUCUAUUAUUUUUUUGCAGUUAAAUAAUUUUUAAGUUAUAUUAUAAGUGUUAUUUAUCAAAGAAAAUUAAGAACUCAACGCAUCGACUGCUCAGUCAUUGUUAUAUUAUUAAUAUAUUAAUUUAGAUUUUUUUUAUAUUAGUGUUGGGUUACUUACAUUUACCUUGAAUUUUAUAAUCUAUUAUACAGUAUUACAUUUUAUGGUACUCCCUGGGUUAAAUUAGUUUACUGGGUAUUAAAUUGUGUAAUAGAUUUUGGGUUUUGUUAACUAGCUGCUGGUCUGGUUAACGCCUAUCUUGUGUGUGACAUUUUAUCUAAGCUAUUACCUUUUAUAUUACUAUUUUACCAUUGUAGUUGGGUGAACAGUAACAUAUUCAGUGCUCACUGUAUAAGCUUUAUAUUAUAAAAACUGUUUAGCAAUAAUCUAAGUGUGCGUCGGGGAUGAUAUCAGUGUUCAGGUACUGUAUUAUCACUUUAUAUAUUAUAUUAGUUUAAGGGUUGUUAUUUUAUAUUUACUUUAGGUUGGUCAACUGAAGAUUAUAAUUGAUAUACUUGAUUAUUUUAACUUGUUUAUAGUUAUUGUAAUUAACUUAACAUUUAUAUUUUGGUAUUGUGUUGUCCGGUUACACCUGGGUAUGGUAUAAAAUUAUAUUAGUGGGAGCUCCCCUAUUAUUUUAUUAUUAUUAUAUUUUAUUAUAAAAUAUAUUGUGCGUGAGCAGCUGUUCAGCUGACCUCUUGUCUAUUUAGAUCUUUUUCUUAGUCUUAUUUGUUGGUCUGACUACAGUUUAUUGAACGCAUUAGCUUGUCUUGGUAUCGUUUAGUUAUUAUAACUUUUCAGUUGCCAUCUUAUUAUUUCUUCAUUUAUUGGACUUGCUCUGGUUCUUUUCUUCAAGUGAUAUUGACUAUUAACAAGCAAUUUAUUCCUGCUCUGGUUUAUCAGUGUAAUUAGUUUUGAGUAUUUAUCAGUAUAUUCGAUACAAUGGCUGUCAAUGAACGUGAUGCUCGUGCAAGGGAACGAGUGACCCUUCGCAGAGAUCAAGUUAUCGCUCGGAUAAAACAGAUACAUACGUUAGCCACUAAUUCAGCUACUGAUCAAGCUAGUCGUGCUCAAUUAGCAAUCGCUAUUGCUGACAUUGAUAAUUUGUGGUCUAAUUUUGUCGUUGAGAAUAAUAAUCUGUUGGAACUACUAUCUGAGUUGAACCUGUUGGGGGAGUUUUCGUUGGAGGUAGAGACUACCAUCCGUGCUUUGGUGGUUGAAGCUAAGGCUAUGAGUGCCGUUGCCCAACCUGCUCCGGUUGUAAGCGUUGGCACUAUCCAACAAGUCACCUAUGAUGUCCAGGGUGAUAGUGCUAGUUGCUCCACUAGCACUUCCAAGGACUGUCCGGUAUCUUUUGAGAGAGCUAUAGCUCCUGCUAGGCUUCCGGAGAUACCUCUACCAUAUUUCGAUGGUGAGUGUCAGAACUGGCCAGCUUUUCGGGACAGGUUUCAGGCCUUAGUCGACCAACGUUCGAAUAUUCCUAACAUAGAUAAGUUUUAUUAUCUACUCGGAUGCCUCCAUGCUGAUCCGCAAGAGGUAGUGAAAGGUUAUACAGUUUCGAAUGAAACUUAUUCUCUAGCCUGGAAUGCUUUAGUGGAACGGUAUGACAAACCGCGUAAACUUGCUUCGACGAUCAUUGACAAGUUACUAUCCGCUCCAGUCGCGAGUUCUGAAACUUUCGUGUCGUUACAAACGUUCUUAUCGAAUUUCGAUGAAAAUAUUGCCUUGUUGGAAUCGCUACAUAUUCCAAACUUAUCGUCGUUCUUAUUGUUUUCCUUGGCUGCCAGGUGUUUACCUGUAUCAUCGAGACGUUUGUUUGAAGCUGAAAAUGAUGAGGAAUAUCCGUCUAUUCAUAGUGUGUUAAAAUUCGUCAAGACAAGGAUUCAAGUUAUUGAAAACGCUGGUAUCCAGCCGUCUGGAAGCUCGUCCAGGCCCACCAUCACAAAGAAAACUAGUCUUCGUCGUGAUCCCAAAUCUGCUUUGGUGUCUGCGUCCGACUCUACUCCGUCCAAACCUUCGUCGAAGACUGCUCCGUCGAAAUGUGUAGCUUGUUCCGGUGUUCACCGAUUAGCUGAUUGUUCUAAGUUUAAGUCCUGUUCGAUUGACGAACGUUAUGACCUCGUGUGUACCCAUCGACUUUGCAUGGUUUGUUUCGGUGAAGGACAUAUGUCGUUUAAGUGUCCCGCUUCGUGCUCCAUCUGUAGACGUCGUCAUCACGCAUUAUUACAUCGGGAGUCAAAACCCACGGCUUCGAAUCCGCCUGCUGCCAUGCUAGGUCGACAGCAAUCCCCUACGGUGCUACUAGGAACAGCUCUGGUUCAUGUACGAGACACAGUGGGAGGUUGUCAGAUGAUACGUGCCCUGAUCGACUCCGCCUCGCAAAUAAGCGCAAUAACUACGGCCUGUUGUAAUCGUUUGGGAUUAAAGCCUUCACGUUGGACGGUACCUGUCACCGGUUUGUCGGGCCAAAGGAUUCCAGAGGUGCAAGGCAUUGUGCAGCUGUCGAUCCAACCUCGAAGCAGUCCCACUCCAUCCAUCAAAGUCAACCCAUUGGUGUUGCCCGCAAUUACUUCUGACAUGCCAGCCCGACAAUUACCAGCCAAGGUAAAGGCAAGGUGCAGCCAUUUGGCACUUGCAGAUCCAAGCUUCGACAAACCUGCUCCGGUUGAUAUGCUCCUUGGAGCUGAUGUCUUCCCUCAAAUCUGGAAUGACAAGAAUAGUUCAUUGGGUCCAGGGUUUCCUUCCGUAUACAGCUCCGUCUUCGGUUGGGUGCUGAUCGGCCCGGUUCAAGAACAUCCAGAUAUUGGAGCACAAUCCAUGCUGGUGUCAUUGGUGUCGUCUAUAGAAUCUAUCAUGGAGAAGUUUUGGAAGAUUGAGGAACCUGAGGCUGCUCCGCCUCAGUUUACUGAAGAUGGCAUGUGCGAAGAGCUGUUUCAGACGGAGAUGAGACGAGAUUCUCAAGGUCGUUUUUCUGUUCCUCUCCCUUUCCGCUCGGGUCGAUCAUCUGAAUCUUUUCCUGGUUCACGUCAAGUGGCUCUGAAUCGUCUUCUGCAGUUGGAGCGGAAGUUGUCUGCCGAUCAAUCUUUGUAUGAUGCCUAUCGCAAAUUCAUGCAGGAGUAUGAAGAAUUGGGCCACAUGUCGAUCGUUGAAGGAGAUGGUCGGUAUUACAUCCCUCACCAUGCUGUUCAGAAGGUUGAUGGAGAGGUGGCGAAGUUAAGGGUGGUUUUCGACGCUUCUGCGAAGUGCCAUUCCGGAGUGUCACUCAAUCAAUGCUUGUUGGUUGGUCCGAAACUCCAGCAAGAUAUUGUCGAUGUUCUGAUUGGUUUUCGAGUGCAUAAGGUAGCGUUCACAACUGACAUAUGUAAGAUGUAUCGUCAGAUUGGCGUUUUACCACAGUACCGAGGAUGUCAAUUUAUCUUGUGGAGGGAUUCCCCUCAAGUCAGUGUCAAGGAGUAUGUACUCAACACGGUCACGUACGGGGUAAAUAGUGCUCCCUAUUUAGCCCUACGUGUCCUCCGGUACAUUGCUGACACGGAAUGUGAGGACUUCCCGGAUGUCAAGAACGCUCUUUACAACCAAACCUAUAUGGAUGACAUUUGUGUUGGCGCGGGUUCUUUAGAGGCGGCCAAAAGUCUCCAGUCCAAUUUAAUAGAUAUCCUUUCCAGAUCCGGCCUACAGCUUAAAAAGUGGGCGAGUAACGCUCCAGAGCUGCCGAGUCAGUUACAUCCGGAAGAUUGUUCCGGAGAUCCGUUAGCGUUUGAGCAGGAUCAUGCGACACAUGUUUUGGGUAUGCGGUGGAACCAUGGGGAGGAUUAUUUCUCCUUUAGCGUGAAUAAUUUCAAGAUGAUACCUACCAAACGUGGUGUGCUAUCUAUGAUCGCCAGGAUCUUUGAUCCAUUAGGCUUGUUAGCACCAACCAUUUUUUACGCGAAGACCAUAAUGCAACGGGUGUGGCUCGCACAGAUCGGGUGGGAUGAUGAACUGCCAUCGGACAUAGAAGAGGAUUGGCAGGAGUUUUAUCAUUCGUUGGAUUGGCUCGUAGGUAUCAAGAUUCCGCGUUAUAUCGGUUGCUCCACUGGUUGCGCUUAUGUGUUGUGCGGUUUCUCUGAUGCUUCUGAGAAAGGGUAUGCCGCAGUCGCUUAUCUACGAGUGGUGGAUUCAUCAGGAGAUAUACGCUCAUAUCUCCUUGGGUCUAAAACAAAAUUAGCCCCGAUGAAGUCUACUUCAAUUCCAAGACUCGAAUUGAGUGGCGCAGUGCUGCUCGCAUUGUGGCUAGGUAGACUAAGACGCAUUCUGGAGAAUCAGAUUGGUAUUUCAGGAGUGUUUGCAUGGACAGACUCAACCAUUGUGCUCUCAUGGUUGAGCAAUCCUCAUACCUCUUUUAAAACCUUUGUGUCCAACCGAGUAUUCCAGAUCCAAUCUUCAAUUCCUAAUUGCCAAUGGUUACAUGUCCGGUCAGAGAACAACCCUGCUGAUUGCGCCUCACGUGGACUGCUUCCAACAGCUCUCGAAAGGUCCACUUUGUAUUGGAAUGGUCCAAGUUUUUUGUCGUCCCCUGUCGACAGCUGGCCGAAGGGUAUCGUCAAAUUAACUCUGGAUCAGUUACCUGAAGUGCAGCCGGCGUGUUUGUUGUCGCAAAGCCAGGCUCCAGCCGAGUGGUAUGCGCGUUUCUCCUCCUUCGACCAUAUGAUUCGAGUAGUUGCUCGACUACGCCGUUUCAUGUUGAGAUGCUUGAAGAAGGAUUACGAUACUGGUUUUUUAAAACAAUCAGAGCUGAAUUCUGCUCUGUUUACGGUCGUAAAAAGUGCACAAGGGUAUUUCCUGCGUGAAUUACUCAACAAUUUGAACAAAGGUGAAGAAGUUCAUCAGAAGGGGUUAGCUCGCCUCGCUCCGUUUUUGGAUUCUCUGGGGGUAAUUCGUGUAGGGGGUCGUCUUCAAAAUUCCAGUUGGUCGGAACGUCGGAGACAUCUUAUGUUGAUACCCAAGGAAGCUCACCUUGCAGUGCUUAUUACUCGUCAUUGGCAUCGCUAUGCUUGUCAUGCGAGUCCACGGUUGCUUACCGCAUUAGUUCAGAGACGGUUUUGGAUAAUUGGUAUCCGGCUUGUUGUCCACCGGGUAAUCCGGAAGUGCGUGAUCUGUGCCAAGGUCGCUAUGGUCCAUCCUCAGCCCAUGAUGGCAGUUCUGCCCGGUUUUCGCGUCCAGGAAGCUCAUCCAUUCGCCAUAGUCGGUAUUGAUUACGCGGGACCGUUGCAGAUGAAAGAAUUGAGCUUACGCAAGGCUCGAAUAUGUAAAGUCUACAUAGCUGUUUUUGUCUGUAUGACUACAAAGGCCGUUCAUUUAGAAACUGUUACUGCUUUGUCUUCUGAUGCGUUCCUGUUAACCUUGGAUAGAUUCGUUGCUCGGCGUGGUCUACCUUCGUCUAUCUACUCAGAUUGCGGGACCAAUUUCGUUGGGGCAGCCAAACAGCUUCGACAGUUGAUCAACCACCCGGAUCAGAGGGAUAAAAUUUCAGGACAUUUACCCUGUGCUUGGCAUUUCAACCCCCCUGGUGCUCCCCAUUUUGGUGGGAUUUGGGAAGCUGCCGUGAAGUCGGCCAAGUCUUUACUUCUUCGCACCAUGAAUGCUCAGAUUUGGACGUUGGAAGAGGUCACCACUGUGCUGUGCAGGGUAGAAGCUGCUUUAAAUUCACGCCCGCUCGUUCCCGCGUCGUCUGAUCCUAAUGAUCUUGAGUGUCUGACCCCCGGACACUUCCUAAUCGGUAGACCGUUGCUGUCUAUUCCCGACCCGGAGUCCCCUGAUACUCAAUUGUGCCUGCGUACUCGCUGGAAGCUCCUCCAGCAGUCGUUUCGGUUUUUCUGGCGACGCUGGUCGCAGGAGUACCUGAAUACUCUUCAAACACGUGGGAAGUGGACUAAGACAAGUAACAAUGUCGAGGUUGGUAAUAUGGUAGUAGUGAAAACUGUUGAUUCUCCUCCCCUCUCUUGGCCAUUGGGUAGGGUUAUAGAGGUGUAUCCGGGCACCGACCAGAUAGUGCGGGUAGCUAAGGUGAUCACUAGCAAGGGGGUGUUCACUAGACCAGUAGUUAAGUUAGUACCAUUGCCCACUGAUCCGUAGACAACGAUUAACUCCUAACCAAUGUAUCUGUUUACAUUCUAUGUUUGUGUGUCACUGCUAUGCUCUUGUGUAAAUUUUUUUGUGUUACACCAGCCAUUUCGCCUGCUACCACAUGUUCCGCCGGAUGCUCAUCCUCGGAAACCUGUGUGGAAGGUGCUAGUUUUUUAUUGUUUAUUAUUAAGCUCACAAUGUCCAUUAAAAAAAAAAAAAUAUUGUAACAUAAAGUUGAUUAUCAUGUAUCUGUAAUAUUAAUUUUUUUGUUUCUUGUGUGAUAUUUAAUUCCGCUCAGGUUCGAGCACAUGAUAUUAUAAUUUCUUUUAAUUUUAUAUAUAUAUUAUAAAUUGUGAGGGUUAACUGCCCAUGUUGCCCCAAUGUUAAAACACCGUUAGUACUGACACUGCUCCGUUCAACACCUACCGCUCCGUUCAACCCCUACAGCUCCGUUCAACAUCAACUGCUCAACCGCUCAAUUCCACUGCGCUAUUCCGUCACGCUCAAGCUGCUCUGCUCAAGAUGCUCUGCUCAAGCUGCUCUGCUCAAGUUGCUCUGCUCAAGCUGUUUCGUUCAUCAACUCAAGUUGCUCUGCUCAAGCUGUUUCGUUCAUCAACUCAAAUUGCUCUGCCCAAGCUGCUCCGCUCAAGUGCUACGUCCAAGUAGUCACUUGCUCCAUCGCCUGCAUCCUGACUGUUCGAACCUCAUUUGCAAGACAGCUGUAUCUUGCAAGGGGGAGUAUGUUCGAUCUUUUCAUAUUUUCGAAUUUGCCGCUGCUCGGCGGCAAGUGGUGACCACGCUCGGUCAUUUAUUAUAUUGGUCAGCCUGAUGCUCUCGUCACCCGGGCUCGGGUAACGACGCGUAGGCCGCCGCCGUAACCGUCGCUUUUACGGUCGGUGUGUGUGUGUGUGCGUGCUCCCGGCUCCCGCAACUACUUUUCGUCUGCUCCGUCGCCAUUGUUUUUGUCUACACAUGCGUUUUUGUUGCUCUUCUCUUGUUUUUUGAUAUAUAUCGCUCACUGGUGCUCUUACCGUUUUUUAUAAACGCGUUAAUAUUUUUAUACUCUUCGGCUCCAAUUUGGAACGUGCAGCUCGGCAGUUCGUCUUCAGUGCGCUCAUUUUGGUCAUCGACUCAAGCCGUCGUUGAUUGUUGCAGCUCCGCGUCCAGACUAACGGUGUUCCCCGUCUCCCAAAGAUUUUCACAAACAGAUUAUAAUAUAUAACCAUAUUUAAUUUGUGAAACAA